CGUCCCCAACUCCUUUCGCUUCCAACACUGAACACCGAUUUCGCUGGACAUAGCAAGAACCGAUUCUGUAUUAUAGUCAUUGUCUCUGCCUUCGCCUUACGGAAAUCAAUAUCAGACUAACGACGAACGAGCUCCUGCUCGAUAAUCGCUCGUUGUACAAUCAAAUCCAAUUCAAGCAUGAUUCAUACUCGCCAGUCUUCACUCUUCUUUCUGUUAUUUUUCGGGUUAUGUCUCCUCAAUAUUCGCUUUGUUGCUGCGCGACUGUAUCCUACUCGCCCUGUCAACAGCACAGUAUACCACUGCGGGAAAUGUGAUCCCAUUACGUGGGUAGACGAUGGCAAGAAUCCAAGCAUGCAAAAUUUGGGGUUGCUCACAGUGGAUCUGUAUUGUCGGGGCCAAUAUAUCUUCACAAUCGAACAAACAGACCCAGACGCAGAAAUGUUGAUGUUUUGUCCUCCUUCCCCUGACGACUUCCAAUGGCCGCAAAACUGUGAUGGCUACACUCUUCUUUUCAAUGGCGAUAACCCUAGUGAAAAUUCAACUAUCUAUACUCAUGAUUUUCAUAUAUCCGGUACUUCUCGUGCGGCCAGGUUCGACAUCAAGAAUCACACGGUGGACGAAAAUCCCAUUCUCAGAACAGCAUUGGGGGUCAGUCCUCCAUCUACAUUAUCUUCUACGGCUUUUGUCAACCUACCUACACCGACCGCUCCUGCUUCAACUGUGAAUGGGCGACCUCAAAGUUCCGAUACAAGUGCGACCACUGUUUACGCUGAUCCUCUGCCCGGUUCCAACAACGCUAAUCGUCCACAUCACAAUAGCGCCUCCUUCUCGAGAGGCGUCGACAUGGAAAAGUUGAAAUUCCGAUUUGUUUUCAUUGUUUGGCCGGCAUUGAUUGGUAUUUCAAUGGCCCUGUAGAUGGUAUCAUUGGGUUUAUUACGCACCACGCGACACCUCGAGAUUUUUUGCGAAGAUUUCCCAAUGCACCCCCUUUCUUUUAUUUGAACUGCGUAGCACUCAUUGAAUUCGAUUUGUGCAUCCUUGUACUAUAUUCUGUAUCUAGUAAACCAUGUCAUUAUUGUUCGGGAAAUCCAUGUACUGUUAUUGAAGUUCAUCUCUAUGUACUUGGUAUUUGUAGAUCGGAUAUAAA